AUGGUUGAUGUGGAGGGUAGCUCUAGUGGAUUUGCUCCGAAUCCGCCCACUGUCGGGCUAGAAGGUGCUUCUAGCGCCAUUCCAAUCGGUCACGAUGUCAUCGUCCAUGUUUCAUCUCCAUCAUUUGCAGCAGAUCUACCUGUUCAGGCCGAUAAUGCAGACGAUUUGGGUGAUGUGCGUACCUUCAGCGAGCUUGCAGCUGCAAUCAGAGCAGCACAGGUAUUGGAUGGUACAACAUCAUUCAUAGAGGUCAGAGACAGGGAUCCACUUGCAGAGGUCAUAGGCGAUGAUGAGUCAGAUUCGGAACCAUCCAUUAUUGGAGAUGAUACUGAUGAUGAGGAAGACACAAGACAAGUUGGGAGAUCGCAAGGGCAAUCAAGCUCUCAGACACAACAGUACUCUCCACACUUCUCUACGUUGGAUCUUGAGGCAAUGAAUCAACCAACAUUUUCAGGUCAACAGUUGUCUGCUAUUCACGUAGACGGGCACGGUAUGCAUGGCACAGAGGAGUUUGAAAUUGGGCAACGGUUCCAAAGUAAGGAGGAAGCAGUGUUGACAGUGAAGAGUUAUAAUAUUCGUCGGGGUGUUGAGUAUAAGUUUGGGAAUGGGUGUAAUUGGAUAAUACGUGUGACUAUACGGCAAAGGAAAGGCUACUGGAAAGUCCGAAAGUACAAUGCGCCACACACAUGUCUUGCAACCGAACUGUCGGCCGACUACAGGCAGCUUUAUCAUGUGAUCUGUGCAUUAAUACUAUCGCUGGUCAUGGCGGAUGCAGCAAUCUCGGUGAAAGUAUUGCAGAAUGCGGUCUCAACGAAAUAUAGUUUCAAUCCCAGUUACAGGAAGGUGUGGAUGGUUAAGCAGAAGGCGAUUGCACAGAUUUAUGGUGAUUGGAGGAGUCUUACAACCUGA